AUCAAAUACAAAAUCCAGUUAAGAGUUUAAGCAUAAUUGAAUAUAAAAGUGGAGGGGGGGUUUUUCUUCACUCACUGCCACCUCUUUGCUACUUUGAAAAUAUUUCUUUAUUUCCAUUAAUGCUGCGAAGAACACUUAGAUCUGGCAGCAUCUUUGAUUCGACACCUCCUGUGAUAAGCGAGAUCGAUCUCUCUCUCUCUCCUCUUGUCUAAAAUUGAGUUCUCUCCAACUCAUUCAUUCUCAUCUUGUUGGGUCACUUUAAGCUUUCUAUGUCAUCUUGAUCUAAAUUGGCUAAACCCAUUAAUCUUUCAUUCAGGGUAGUUGGCAAAUGAUCAAAGCCAUGCAAGACCACCCAAUUGGAAUUCCGGCGCGUUUCAUAUCUAGCGAGAAGUUAACUGAUGAUCCUGCCAAGGUAACCAGGUCAGGGCAGAGCGUGUUCAUGUCUGUUUAUCGUACAAAAAUUGUGGAUCAGUCCCGUCUGGUCACCAUAACAUGGUGCAAGAAUUUGUUGCUUCAUGGCCUAUCAUUAUCAGUAGGAGGCCCUGAAGGAGACAACCAGUACACCUGCAAAGUGGAGCUGAAGCCUUGGUAUUUUUGGAGGAAACAAGGCUCCAAGCGCUUUAUAGUGGAUGGUAAAGCUAUGGAUAUCUUCUGGGACCUCAAGGCUGCAAAAUUCAAAGGUGAAACUGAGCCCCACUCUGAGUAUUAUGUUGCUGUUGUUUGCAACAAAGAAGUUGUACUACUCCUGGGUGAUCUAAAGAAAGACGCAUAUAGGAAAACUGGAUGUAGGCCUGCUCUUAUUGAUCCUAUUUUGGUUUCGAGAAAGGAGCAUAUAUUUGGCAAGAAGAAGUUUUCUACGAGAAUCAAGUUUAAUGAGAAGGGCAGGCUUCAUGAGAUCUCAAUAGAAUGCAAGAACAGAAAUCCUAGCAAUAGCAAUUCUGCUAAUGGGGUUGAGCCAGAAUUGGAGAUAAGGAUUGAUGGGCAUUUAGCCAUUCAUGUGAAGCAUCUUCAAUGGAAGUUCAGAGACUGGAAGUUCAGGUUCAUUAAAGGGACUUAACACCGGUGCGUCAUCUGAUUUUUGCUUGUUUCUCUAUGCUUGGAGAGUUGAAUAAUAGAAGAAGAAGAAGAAGCAGCAGCAGCAAAGUUAUAAUCAUCACCAACACCACCCAAAAGAAUAAGGAUGUAAAAGCAAAUAUGGGGUGUUGAUGUUAUGGGCCUGCAGAUGGAGGUGGUGAGGAUACAGACUAGGGUGAGAGAGGGACAGGUGAUUGGGAUGAGAAAGGAAGUAGGACCCAAGAGAGAGGUUGGGAGUUAGUUACAGCUGGGGUUGAACAAGUGGACAUAACUGGACAAGACAGAUUGUGUCACAUACAGGACCAAUAAUUUCACAUCUCUAGAGAUAUCCCCACCUGUUUUUUCACAAAAUUCUCUUCUUUUUUUCCCCUCCUCUCUUUCUUGAUCUGGUCUUGAAAUAUGAGCAAUUUGCCUUUCACAUUGUACCUAAAUCUAUCAAUAUAUGCUUCCUAAAUUUUAUAUACAGGAAAAAAUCUUUACA